UCGAGUCAACUGUGCAGGAGGCAGCCGCUCGCGAGAUCACACGGAUCGAGCGUAUUGGUGCUCAUUCCCAUAUACGAGGUUUGGGGUUGAACGAUGAUCUAGAAGCUCGUCAAAUCUCGCAGGGAAUGGUGGGACAAUGCAAGGCCAGGCGGGCAGCAGGUCUUGUACUCGGAAUGAUUCGUGAUGGAAAGAUUGCUGGACGGGCUAUUUUAAUCGCUGGACCACCCGGAACUGGCAAAACCGCAAUCGCUAUGGGUAUGGCUCAGGCUUUGGGACAUGACACCCCGUUUACGGCAAUGGCCGGGAGCGAAAUUUUCUCAUUGGAAAUGGGGAAAACAGAGGCCCUCACACAGGCCUUCCGAAAAUCCAUUGGAAUCCGUAUAAAAGAAGAGGCCGAAAUUAUCGAGGGCGAGGUGGUUGAGAUUUUGAUAGAUCGUCCGGCCACUGGAACGGGUGCGAAAGUUGGGAAGUUGACCCUUAAAACUACCGAAAUGGAGACCGUUUAUGAUCUCGGACAAAAAAUGAUCGAAUCUUUAACCAAAGAGAAAGUUCAGGCUGGGGAUGUUAUCACUAUUGACAAGCCAUCUGGGAAGAUCACGCGCCUUGGGCGUUCGUUCACAAGAGCACGUGAUUACGACGCUACUGGUGGCCAAACGAAAUUUGUUCAGUGUCCAGAAGGUGAACUGCAAAAGCGGAAAGAAGUCGUCCAUACUGUAACUUUGCACGAGAUCGAUGUCAUAAACAGUAGAACCCAAGGAUUCCUCGCACUUUUCAGUGGUGAUACUGGUGAGAUCAAGGCGGAAGUGCGAGAUCAAAUAAAUCAGAAAGUCGCUGAAUGGAGAGAGGAAGGGAAGGCAGAAAUAGUCCCUGGAGUUUUGUUCAUCGACGAGGUCCACAUGUUAGAUAUUGAGUGCUUUUCCUUCCUCAACCGAGCUCUCGAAUCGGAAAUGGCACCAGUCCUCAUUGUAGCUACAAAUCGUGGAAUCACAAGAAUUCGCGGAACUAACUACCGCAGUCCACAUGGAAUUCCUAUUGAUCUUCUGGAUCGACUUCUCAUCAUUUCGACCAGUGCUUACACAGAUAAAGAGAUUCAGGCCAUUUUGAAAAUCCGGUGCGAAGAGGAAGAUGUUGAUAUCUCAGAAGAUGCACUUAUCGUAUUGACUCGUAUCGGUAUGCAGACCUCCUUGCGAUAUGCCAUUCAGCUAAUCACAACAGCCAGUUUGGUGUGUAGGAAACGGAAGGGUCAUGAAGUGAGCAAGGAAGAUGUGCGUAAAGUCUACUCGUUGUUCAUGGAUGAAGCCAGAUCUACCUUGUUCCUCAAGGAAUAUCAGCAAGAAUUCAUGUUCAAUGAGAUCCCGUUGGAACCAAAAGCAUAUGUGUCCGGUGACCAUCCGACUGUGGCUUGA